AUGUUGGGUGGCUCCAAAAAACCUAUUCUUGAGCUGCGUGUCCUCCCACAACUUCGAGGGAAGUACAAUACAACCAACAAACAACUGAAUGUCACUGCCAAAAUGAGAGGUGCCUACUCCGUGUCUGGUGAGUUUGAUGCGAGAGGAGAGGGGAAGAGGGAGCGAGUAGGCACCUACAUCUUCCUGGUCGGCGUCCUUAUGAAAUCAUUCGAAUCCAUCGAGUGA